GCCGCGGAUGCACCAGCGGCCAUGGGAUCUGCGGACUUCCGCGCCUUGCGCCUCGCAGCUGGAUUGCGGCAUGCAGCCAAGCUUGAUGCCAGUGGUCCAUGGGGAGUGGCAGAGCUCCAGUGGCCACCCAAGUGGGAGUUCCCGCUUGCAGCAGCCUUGUCUAGCUUGGCACUGGCUGCACUGGCCAUGUUCCUGCCAUCCAAGCCUCGAAGCUUUGCGUCACCGCUGGCGUGUGGGAUGAUCUUCGGCUUGGGGCUUGGCAUUUCGGGCAUGACCAGUCAAGCGAAGGUCUUGGACUUCUUGGACUUUGGGGGAACCUGGGAUCCGAGCCUGGCCUUCGUGAUGGGCUUGGGGCUCUGCGUCUCCUUCCCGGCGUUCUUGCUGGCAGAUCGACAGGACAGGAAGCCUCUCUGCGGAGAGGAGUGCAGUUUCGAGCGGCCAUCCAAAACCGGAGACUACGGAUCGCUGGUGCUGGGUGCCACAUUCUUCGGCCUCGGAUGGGGCUUGGUCGGCAUCUGCCCAGGACCUGCGUUGGCAGGCAUGAUCCCGUACCUGGUGGGAGGUUGGGGCCCUGGCCUUUCCUUCGGCCUUUGCGUGCUGCUUAUCCUGGCUUCAUGGCUGGUGACGGACCGCAUCAUCAGUUACUUGAACUCACAGCCGGCACCGGAACCGAAGGUGCCCGCAAAUGAAAGUGCUUAG